CUAAGAAUCGAGUAAGAGAAUCAUCAAAAAUGCCGCAUAUAGAUAACGACGUCAAGCUCGAUUUCAAAGAUGUCCUUGUUCGACCAAAGCGUAGUACUCUUAAAAGUCGGGCAGAUGUUGACCUCACACGAUCUUUUAUUUUCCGAAACUCAAAAAAGACUUACACUGGUAUACCUGUCAUUGCUGCUAACAUGGAUACAGUGGGUACCUUUGAAAUGGCCCAAAGGAUGGCUUCGCACCUAAUGUUUACCACUAUACAUAAGCAUUACACAAUAGAAGAGUGGAAAGAAUUUGCUGAAAAAAAUAAAAGCUGUCUACCGUUUGUGGCAGCAAGCUCUGGUAUUGGUGAUAGAGACUUGGAGAAGUUAAGUGCCAUUUUGAGUGCUGUUCCUGAUAUCACCUACAUUUGUAUUGAUGUUGCUAAUGGCUACUCAGAACAUUUUGUUCAGUUUGUUCGAGAUGUUAGAAGAAAAUAUCCAGAGCAUACUAUAAUGGCUGGUAAUGUUGUGACAGGUGAGAUGGUUGAAGAGUUGCUCUUGUCUGGAGCAGAUAUUAUCAAAGUGGGCAUUGGUCCUGGCUCAGUGUGCACUACCCGUAAAAAGACUGGGGUUGGCUACCCACAAAUUAGUGCUGUUCUUGAAUGUGCUGAUGCUGCACAUGGACUAGGAGGACACAUAAUCUCUGAUGGGGGCUGCACAUGUCCAGGUGAUGUGUCUAAGGCCUUUGGUGCUGGAGCUGAUUUUGUAAUGUUGGGCGGAAUGCUAGCCGGCCAUACAGAAUCAGGAGGAGAAAUUAUUGAAAAGGAUGGCAAAAAAUUCAAAUUGUUUUAUGGGAUGAGCUCAGCAACUGCUAUGAAAAAACAUGCGGGUGGUGUGGCAGAAUAUCGAGCAUCUGAAGGCAAAACGGUAACAAUUCCUUAUAGAGGAGAUGUUGAAAACACUAUACAAGAUAUUUUGGGUGGUGUUCGCUCAACAUGUACCUAUGUGGGAGCAUCUAAGCUUAAAGAACUUAGUAGGAGAACAACCUUCAUAAGAGUGACUCAACAGCUAAAUGAGGUCUUUACUCCUAUAACUACUGAGCAUUGAAUCUACCAAACAUUACUUUCUCAAAAUGAGUAGACUAGUUGAUUGAGUAAAAUAGAGAAGGUUUGCUUGUGUUUUACGAAAAAGAUUUGCCCUCUCCCUUGAUGACUUAACUUUUCAAUCUGUUUUACUAAUUUUUCCCUAUGAAAAAUAUUGAUGUUUUGUAAUUCAAUAGUUUUGGGGCAUUAAUAUUGAGCAUUAUUGUAAACCUUUAAGUACUGUAGCAGAUGGGGCAUUAAAUCAAUCUGUAGCCAAGCAAUAUAUUUCUAAUUAUGUAGGAAUGUUACAUUAAGCAAAAUGGCAAAUUCUUACAUCAUCAUAGAAGCAAAAUUGCUCAUUUUUUAAAAUUAUUAUUAAAACUGAAAACAGGUAGGGUGGUUUCUUAAGGCAUUUUAACAUUUUAUUUAGCAUUUUUUCAGCAUUUAACCUACUGCUGAAAGUACAAACAAAACAAUUUGAAUAAAGAAUUUUUUUGCUAAACUUCAAAGAUUGUAAUGUCUGAACAGAAAAGUUUCAAUUUUUAACUUUACAGCAUAAUUUUAAAAAUUGAAACUGCUUACAAUUCAUUGCUUUUUUUACUGUAUCAAAAAUAUUAAAAUUGUUUGAGAUUCAAAAGUGUAAAAAAAAAAACCCACUACAGCUGGAAUGAUUUUUUCCUCUUUAGUGGUUGUGUGUCUUUUUUUUUUCAAAAUGUUCUUCAAACAUGUAAACGGUUGAUUAAUAAUCUGAUGGGUUUCUUUUUCCAUUAGAAAUUCUUUUUAAAAAGAACACCAUUUGUGUUUGGUUUCUGUGUGCCAUUAACUUAUUUCAUAGUAACUUCUUUUCUUUGUUUUUGUUAAUUGAACAAAUUUGCUUUUUAAACAAAUUAUAUAGAUUAAACAUAAGCAAUUGUCUUGUAUUAAAAACAGACAUUCCUUGCUAUCCUGGAAAGUUAGAACAAAUGAUACUUGGCUCAUUUGUAGGUAGAGUAAUGGUUAAUUUGUGCUAAAGCAUUUUUGGACAAGUUUGUUUUUGUAAAAUAUUUUUUCAAAUGUUAUUCCCGGUUGCUUAUACAAGAAAUCUAAGAAAUGUGAUAUAUUAUUACCAUCAUUAAUAACUUUAUUAAAUUUAUUUGUGGUUUAUAAAUUUGAACCAUCUGAUAUGAGUAGCAGCGUUUCAUUAUUUUAAAUAAAUGCUGUUUCUUGUUUACUGUAAACCUUACAUCACUUGUGUAAAGACUAGUUUAACUAAUUACUUAGUUCCGACCAUUUCUAAGCUGUGCCAGCUAUUGUUUAUACAUGUUCAUUUGUUUUUCACUGGUAGUGUUUUUAAUUUAAUCUAGUUUUCUCUGUUAAAGAUACUUCAUACUUGGUAAUAAAGGAAUAUGGUAAUUAAAUACCAUUUUAAAGCUAAGCUUAUCAAACAAAAUUUGAAAUUUUAAAAUUAUAUAUUUGUCUGCAUAUAUUUUCCCUUACAAUAAAUUCUUUACCAUCAA